AAGGGAGAGGCGCGGGAUGGAGAGGAGGGGACAACAAACAAAAGUCCCAGCGUAAACACAGUAAGGAGCAAAGGUUUAUAGGGAAAAGCUACACAGGCACCAGCAGGACAUUCCAAACGCAAAGGAGGACUGACUCUCUGACUGCAGCCACAGUCUCUGUCCCCCAUCAGUAUGAAUCCAGCAAUGAUGGAAGAACUGGCAAAGGAAAUGGAGAAUUUCCAGGUUACUAUGGGCCAUAUUGAGGGGGUCCCUCUGCCGGGCCCCACCUGUGACGAGUGGGACACUAUAUACAAUUUCCAGGCCCGGGAGGACGACAUCCUAAUUGCUACUUACCCCAAAUCAGGGACAACGUGGAUGCAGGAGAUCGUGGAUCUGAUAUUACAAGAGGGAGACGUACAGAAGAGCAUGAGGGCCCCAUGUUUUAUCAAAGUGCCCUUCAUAGAGAUGAUACCACCAAAGUCCAUGCCAUCAGGCUUGGAGUUGGCAAAAACCAUGAAAUCUCCCCGUAUCCUAAAAACUCACUUACCAAUUAACCUGCUGCCCCCCUCCUUUUGGGAGAAAAAUGCCAAAGUUGUUUAUGUUGCCAGAAAUGCCAAGGACUGUAUGGUUUCUUAUUAUUACUUUCAUAAGAUGAAUACAUUUUUGUUGGACCCUGGGACAUGGGACAAUUUCUUCUCAGAAUUCCUGUCUGGAGAUGUGCCAUGGGGCAGUUGGUUUGACCAUGUGCUUGGCUGGUGGAAGGCUAUGGACAAACACCAGAUACUCUUUAUUUUCUAUGAGGACAUGAUUGAGGACCCAAUGUGGGAGAUUCGGAAAGUCAUGAAGUUCCUCGGAAAGGAUCUAUCUGAUGAGGCUCUGGAGAAUGUCAAGUAUCACUCUUCCUUCCAGGCAAUGAAGGAGAACCCUAUGACAAAUAAUAGCACAGUUCCCAAUAGUAUCAUGGACGACACCAUAUCUCCUUUCAUGAGAAAAGGGAUUGUGGGAGAUUGGAAAACCCAUUUUUCGGUGACACAGAACUUUAUCUUUGAUGAGGAAUACAAGAAGAAGAUGGAGGGCAGUGGGUUAAACUUCCGGACUGAACUCCGAUAAGGAAUGAGAUCUACAGACCCUUCUUCCUCAUCUUCACACUGGGGACAACCUAUGACCACAGAGGAGCAAGAGGCACAUGAAGUUUAAUAACAGAUUCUCCUACGACUCCCUUUCUUGGUGAAACCUUUGUGCCUCUGUACAGGACAUAAGGAACCUGUUGAGCUAAAGUUUAUAUCUGUCUAUUGUGCCUUAAAUAAGUAGAAGAAAGAGCAAAUAAAGAGCCCAGAGCAUUUAGUUGUAGAUCUGGGAUUGAAGGAAGCACUGAAGUCACAACCCCAUGUGUCCCCUUCAUUAGAAACUGUUUGUUCAUUGAUAUAUUAAAAUAUUGCAAUAGA